AUGACUUCUCCAAGUUCAUUUCGUCUUGAUCAAAGAGUAUCCAUUGCUGGUAAAGGUUUAGGCACAAUUGCAUUUGUAGGAAAAACAGAAUUCGCCGAGGGGGAAUGGAUUGGUAUUAUUCUUGAUGAACCAAAAGGCAAAAAUAAUGGCACUGUACAAAAGAAAGGAACAACGGUUUCAUAUUUUUCAUGCAAUGAUAAUCAUGGUCUUUAUGUUCGAGCUGGACAAAUUGAAUCUAUUAUUAGUGAUUCUCAAACAAAUCUUUCACGAUCAGCUUCUAGCCAAUCAGUUAAAUCUCAAGCAAGUAGUGCAGUAAGUAUUCCUACACUAUCAACACCCGGAAUUCCAACAAAAUCAUCUGGUUUACCAUCGAAACAAAGUGGACUUCGAGCACCAACAUCACAUACAUCUAUACGACCUGCAGGCUUGACUCGUACAACUCAGUCAUCAAUUGAAAUUACUACAAUAGCGACAAAUGAAAGAAUCUCACCACCAAAAGAAGAAGUUAAACCACCUCCAACACCUGUAUCCCAACCUACACCAACAGUCUCUGUGCCAUUGCCAGCACCUUCAACUCAACCAACUAAUAUUCAACGAAGUUCAAUCUCAGAUCCAUCUGAAUCUCAACAAUUAGUUAAUAAUCUCAAAAGUAAAAUAGUAGAUCUAGAAGAACAAAUUCAAACAUUAGUAAAAAAACGUCGUGAUGAUCUUGAAAAACUUAAAGAAUUUGAACGUACUAAAAUUCAACUUGAUCAAUUACAAUCAUAUAAACGUGAAGCACAAGAACGUAUGAAAGAAUUAAAUGAUAAAUUACAACAACAAGAAAAUGAACUUAAAGAUACACGUGAUAAAUUUGCUGCUUAUCGUGAUGACAUGAAUGAUACUGAGGAACGAAUUGAAUCACUUGCACUUGAUCUUGAAAUGGCUGAAGAAAAACUUGAAACUGUAACAUCAGAAAAUACAGCAUUAAAAGAAAAACUUGAAGAAGUUCAAUUAGAAUUAGAUGUUAUUAAAGGUGAAAUACAAUUAAACGGACCUAAUCAAGUAGCGAAUGGCAUACAGAAAAAAAUUGAUGAUGAACGAACAAUUAAAUUGGAACAAGCAUUAAUUAAAUUACGGGAUUUAUCAUUAACAAAACAAGCUGAAAAUGAUAUAUUAAAAAAACAAUGCGAAAUAUUAGAACAUAAAUUUAAAGGAUUAACAAAAGAGAAUGAAAACGCUAAAACAGAUAUUACAACAAUGCAAACAACAAUUGCUGAUUUAAAAGAACAGGUUGAUACAUGUUUGGGUUCUCAACAAAUGGUUGAUAUCUUAACAACUAAAAAUCUAUCACUUGAAGAUCAAGUUCGAGAAUUACAAGAAACAGUUGAUAAUCUUGAAUCCCUUUGUGAUAUGGAUAAAGAAAUGGAAGAACAUGCUAAAGACCUUGAACAUGAUUUACGUGAAAAUAUUGAUUUAUUACAAAACCAACUUCGUGAGAAAGAAAGACAAAUCGAACAACUUCAAUAUACAAUUGGAGAUCAUGAAAGAACAAUAUUAAAAUUUCGUGAAACUGUUAAAACUAUGCAAUUUCAAAAUGAACAAAUUAAAAAACAAAUUGAAAAAUAUGAUGAACAACUUAAAUUAGUUGGUUCAGCACAAUCAAGUGAAUUUAAAGCAAAAAUUGUUGAAACAAAAACUUAUGGAGAAAUUAUUGAAGGUGAAUUAAAAAGAAUUGAUGUACAUAAUUUAUCACGACAUGUUCAAUUAUUAACAUUAUUUUUACCUGAACAAUUUAUUAAACGUGGUGCUGAUCAUGAUUGUAUACUUGUAUUUUUACUUAUACAACGAUUAAUUGCAAAAUGUGAUUUAUUAACAAAUGAAAUCGAAAAAAAAGUUGAAAGAAUUCACCAAUUAAAUUUUGAUGAUGUUAUUAAAUCACAUCGUGCAGAACAAUGGAGUUUUAGUUGUAAACUUUGUUUAUCUUUAUCAAUUUUUCGAAUGAUUCUUAGAAAACAUCUCAAAGCAAUGGAAACAUGUAAUCCAGAUACACUUCGUCUUUUAGCAAGCACAUAUCAUGAUUUAUUAUCAUAUGAAAAACCACUCGAUUUUCUUAUUGAUCUUUUACAAAAAGAUCAAAUACAUGAUUCAAUAUCAUUAAAUGCUUUAGAUAAAACAAUAAAUUUUUAUGAACAUAUUUAUAAAAGUUAUUUAAAUCAAGAAAAAUUUUCUAUGUCAAUUUAUAUGCGAGAUUUAGCACGUAUUGUCUUAUUAAGUAGUGAUGCACUUCAAACAGAUAUUCAACGUAUACAACUUUUACAAAAGGAAUAUGGACAGCCUGGUAGCGAUCAAAGUCCAUUUGCUGUUCUUGUUAAACGUCUUGUCGAAAGUAAUGAAGAAAUGCGAGCACAAGCAGCCAAAAUUAAUCGUCUUGUACCACAAGAAGAUGAUAUGAAUCGUUCAUUAACUCUUGAUACUGAUACAAUAUCUUCUAUUGAAUUAACUGUUCGACAUUUAGAUCGUUUAGCUAAAACAUUUCAUGAAAUAUGUACUGAUUUAACAACUCAAAUUUUAUUACUUACUGAUGCUAAUGAACGUGUAAGUACACAAGAUAUUGAAAGUAUUGCAUAUCAAGCAUGCGAUAAAGUUUAUAAGAAAGAAGAUAGUGGUCCAUAUGAUAGUCUUUGGGAUUCUAUGCAUGAAACUGUUACAACAUUAAAAACAAUUGGUAAUUCACUUGAACAUGGUUUAUUUGAUUCAAAUUUAAAUGAAUCAAAUGAAAAACCUAAACAAGCAAUUUAUUUAAUUGCUGAACAAUUAAAAACAUCAAUGAAUGAAGCAGAUUUAAUUCGUAGUCGAUUAGAAUUAAAAGAAGAAGAAUUAAUUGAUCUUAAAAAAAUGUUUAAAUUAAAACAUGAUGAAUUAAGUGAAUUAAAUAUACGUUUAUCAUUGAAUGAGAAAAAAGUUGAAGGAUUACAAAAAGAAUCUGAUGAAAAAGCUAAUAAACUUAAACAAGUUUUAGAAGAAGCUCGAAUUGAUGCUGAGAAAAAAAUUAAACAAUGUGAAGAUGCUAUAGCUGUAUUACAAAAUGAUAAUGAGCAACUUGAACAAGAAAAAAGUGCAUUAAAAGAGCGUCUUAAACAAUUAACAAAAACAAAACUUGUCGAUGAUCUUAUACAGAAAAAAGUUGGUGCAACACAACGAACAUCUGGUUUACUAAGUCCUACAACUGAUGGAGGAAUUUCUCCACAACGACAAUUAUCAUCAUCAUCAUAUAGCAAUGAAGGAAUUAUUGGAUCAACAGCCAACGAACAAGAAAUAAUAGCCCUUCGAAAUAUGAUUCGGUUAUUAAAAGAUGAAAUAUGGCAAUUAAAAAUGUCUCGUACAUCAAAUGAAUUAUCAAAACUUCAAAUACCAUUAAAAGAUAAAAAAACUAAUGAAAUCGCUGAUAUUUAUAAAAGUUCAACAUUACUUUUAAAUGAUUUAUUUACUACAAUUGCUAAUUAUAAGAUUACAGGAGAAAAUGUUGCUGUUAAACAAGAAUUAAUACGUUCAAAAAUGAAAUUAGUUGAUCAAACAGCAUUUAAUCUUAAUAAUCGUCUUAAUCAAUGCCAAAGUAAUAUUCUUCCUGGUUCAACAAUACAAACAACAAUGAAAACAUUUUCAAAUCCACAAUUUUCUAAAUCUCUUACACAAGAUCGACAAUUAGCAGCAGAAAUUCAUUUACCUGGUAUUAAUACUGGUGGUGAAUUUGAUAUAACUCAAGAACAAUAUCGUACUAUUAUGCAUGAAGUUAUUGGUUGUAAUUAG